GUUCUUCUUCCUAAACUCUCAACGUUCUUCAGCGUGAUCAUCGUUGACGACGUUCUUUAUCCUUAAAACGACGUCACUUUUCAAUUCGACUGCGGGGACGUCCUUGUCCCCUUGCAACAGUGUCUGCCAUUAAUCGCACCCACCCUACUCGUAAUCUUUAUCCCAGCGUCCAUAACCUCGCAAAAUCAUCAAGACCAUCCACCAUAUUGCUAAUGAGCCUAUCUUUCGGCGGCCUUGGCUUGAUCUCCCUAUGGACUCCCCUGUACUUCUGGGAUGACUCUGCCCGUGUUCGCAAUGAAUUCAGGUCUUUCGUCUUUCUUCUUGUAUUUGUUGCUGUAAUGCUCAUACUUGCGUAUCUCACGAACCCCUCAGAGACAUCAUUCCGUGCCUAUCUGACCGAACAAUCCUUCCGUCAACACCUCACACAUCUUGAUGAUACCACAGACGAAUCUUCUGAUCCUGAUCCCCAAUUCUCUUCACGUCCAGUGGACCGCAAUACACUCACUGAUCGUACCCCCCUUCCGUUUCACUUUGCAAACCGUGCUUCAGUAUCUUUACGCACCCCCAAGCACAUCUUUCACAGUGUCGGCAUUUGCACCAUCGCCACUACCCGCGGAGCUGCUGGGGUCAAUGGACGUGCUUCAAGCACAACUAAUCUACAUGGUAACGCGAAUUUGUCAGGUGUUCAUCACGAUGGAUUUGUAGUUUCAGAUUCUUGGUUUAUUGGAGCGUUUGGUCACUGGUGGCGCGGCGGUCUGGUUGAUUCAUGGUAUCGUGAUGCCAUGGUCGGAUCAAAGGAUGCUGAAGGCUGGAGCUCUGGUAUUCUUGGCUUUAAGGCUCUUGACAAGUUCAACGAAUUCAACAGUCGACCCUUUGCGAAGUCGGUUCCCUGUCCCAGGCUUCCAUCACGUGGUACCCCACCUAGGUUGCGUAAUCGUGAACGUUUCGCGCCCCGCCUUGGAUUAAUUCCUCGUCGCAACUCGACCCCUCCGCCACUUCCCAAGUCAGCUUCACUUCCCCUGCACACAGAUCACCGAACGCACGAGCACAACCUUCCAAUAUCUCAGCCAAAUUCCGACCAGAGUUGUAUUGGCGUCUAUGUACCGCCUGUUGCUCAACCCAUCUCACGCGGCCCUUCGAGAUCUGCAUCCAUCGAUGACUCACCUAUGGUUGCGGAAGUCUUGAGGCAAAUCGCUGCUCAACAAGCUUUCGUGGCAGAACUAGAUACCCAAAUUUGUGAGGCCCAAACAGCGGCCACUGUGUCCCAUGGUGCGCUGGAAGCUGAAUUGGCCGAGCUGCGCGUACGCAAGCGCGAUGAAGACCAACGCAAAGCUGAAGGGAAAGCUCGUGCCAAAAUGCUUGAGGAUGCACGACGCUCUGCUGAAACAGGAAGAAGAGAUGCCGAGAAGAAGCUGAAGGCUGCCCGUGGUGUGAAGGAGGGCGCUGUGAGGCGCAUUGAGGAACUGGGGAACGAAAUUGGCAGGUUAAGGGAUCAAAUCGAGACGGACCGAGCGACUUUGCUUGAAGAAGCUGAGAUUGAGGACACCAACCUAACACAGGAACUGGAGCAGGAACUUGAGGCGAAGAAGAAAGAAGUUCGGAUUGCGGAGGAUGUCGUCGCCGCGCUUAACACACGUGCAAAGGAGCUCGAGGCUAAAAUUACAGAGUCUCGCGAGCGACUUGAAGCCGCUAGGGAGCGAACGGAGGCUUCGAAACAUGAGCCGUUGUUCGUCCCUAUGCAGGUUUUGAGCAGCGGUCAUUCUUCCACGCAAGAACAGUACGGUCAUACCAACGGUCACGGCAAUGCAAAUGAUUAUGACAUGGGUCAAGCAGACGCACCAUCCUGGUCUUCAAAUUUUAGUCCCUUUGAUGAACCGUUAGACAUCCAUUCUUCACCGGUGUCUUCGGAGCGCGCACAGAACGGUCUUGAUUCAGGAGAAUUUUCACGCUCUCCGAAACCUCCACGACUUUCGUUGGGAUCACUAUCAAAUUUCAGCCCUAAUGCAAGUGAAACCAGUGCUGUUUCGCGUCGCUCCAAGGGGUACACCAUCUUUGAUGACGAUAUCGCUUCCCUCGCGCAACCAUCACAAUCUGGUAAAAUUGCUCACGGUCAAUUCUCCCCCCAUACGACUUUGACAUUCUCUCCCUUUGAUGUUCAAACGCCGUCUUCAGCAUUCAUCCCAAGUAGCCUCAUUAGCGUGUUAGAUUCUCCUUCUGGAGACUGGCGAGGCAUUGGAAGAGCUGGAAGCACGCUCAAUGCGUCACCUGUAUCUCUUACUGGACCUUCGCCUGCACAGGAAAUGGAUGUAGAGUAUGAUCCUUUCGAAGUUCGCCACCACACUCAGGCUGUGUAUGACAAAAUGGGUAUGCCUCACCGAACGAACUCUGAUCCCUCUGCUGUACGCGCGCUGGACAACAGUGUUGUCAAUGAUGCCGCUAAUAUGGGGUUGGAUUCUGGACCACGUAGGUGGUUCUCGACGUCUGCCAAGGACAAGCAACGCAAGGGUCUCAAUCCGGAUGCCAAGGUUUUCAGACUUCCGCGACGACAAGCUCCCGUUGCGUCCGAACCCACCAGCGGCGCUCCUCCAGCUUGCUAUGACGCCCUGAACCCAAAUGGGCUCAUGACCAGCAAUUCUUCGACUCCAUCUGCCCUCCUUCGCGCCUUUGCUCCCUCUCGAGCGGAACGUGAAGUGCUUCAGCGGGCGCUUGGUGGUUCGACUAAUACGAGCCUCGAGCGUCUGCCGAGCCUCAGCGACGUCGGAAGUAUUCCAUCUUCUCCAGUGCAUGUUAAUGCCGAGGCGCAGCCGCUGCCGGCGUUUGGAGGGAAGGGGGCUGUUUUACCUGCGUGGCUCCAGUCGCUGCCGUUGAUUCGGAAGCCUAACUUCAGCCCCUGGGAGGACGAAGAACCUGUCUCUGUGAGUACAGGCGGAGAGCUCAAGAGGAAGUAGACUGUGGUGCAAGCGGAGCGGGGCGGGGGAGAACAUUGUACAAACCAUGGUGUUGAAUCGUCCUGGGAUGACGAGAAAGGUGUUCGCGAUAGAGAAAAAGGGGUGGGUGGGGUAGCUGUAUCUGCUUUUCAAUUACCUGCUCGUCUGAUAUAUAUAUAUAUAUCGAAAUGCACGAAUUUGUUGAACCGUU